AUGUUCCGGAGACAACUUCUGCGCCAAUCGCGCUCGCUCUCCAAAUCCCUCACUGAGCUGCCACAAGCACAUCUGCGGCGGUCGCCAUUCUCGUCCGCGACCUUCAUUUCUCCUCGAGCCUCCACAUACGCAUCUACAUCACUGCCGUCACGGCUCCAGCAGCGAAGAUGGCAGUCCUCCGAAUCGGACAAAACGACGGCCUCUUCCGAAUCGACGGCCCCGUCAACGGAAGAAUCGAAGCCUACAGAUCCCAAACCUGAGGACGCAUCAAAGGAGGAGCUCGAGAAGACUAAACGAGAAGUAAUAGAUCUAAAGGACAAAUACCUCCGCAGCGUAGCCGACUACCGCAACCUCCAAGACCGGACCCGCCGAGACAUGGAUGCGGCCCGCCAAUUCGCCAUCCAGCGCUUCGCGACCGACCUACUCGACUCGAUAGAUAACCUUGACCGCGCACUAUCCUCGGUCCCGCCCACCGCGCUCGGAAAAGGACAAUCGGGCACAGACUCAAGCGAGGGUUCAGGCCCGGCAGAACCAAACAAAGAUCUCCAGAAUCUGUUUGAUGGAUUGAAAAUGACCGAGGAGAUCCUCAUGAACACGCUCCAAAAACACGGCAUCGAGCGCUUCGACCCCAUGGAGAACGGCGGGCGGAAAUUCGACCCCAACACGGACGAGGCUACUUUCUUCACCAAGGUCGAGGGCAAAGAGGACGGAGAUAUCUUCUACACCCAGAGUAAAGGGUAUAAGCUGAAUGGGCGGGUCGUUCGGGCCGCAAAGGUCGGGAUCGUGAAGAACUCGUGA